CACUCCCAUGGAGCUGGACAUCGAGCGGAGCUCUUCUGUGCUUUGGCCCAUCAAUGGAGGAAAGAACGUCAUCUGUUUCAUACAUUUAGUUAGCUGCCAAAUCAGUUCAGUUCUUCCAUAAACUAGUAUUUUUAUCCCACAACACAUUGUUUUCAUAGCGCUGUCUCUUUUGUGUACCAAAUAUGCAUAAAAAAGACAACAGUCAGUGCCAAGAAAUGUUGAAAAGGGAAUUCGUGUAAAGGCAAGUGCUAGCCUUGCUAUCUUGGUUACCUAGAUAGCUACAAUUCUGAUCAGCUAGCAAGUUCAAGAAACCGAAUUAAAACCCAAAAUUAAUAUCCAAGUAAAGAAAUAUUCAAUUGCAUCCAGACGAGGGGCUAUCUGAAGCAAACUCAAUUUCUGCUAAAACGUGGUGGCCUAAGCCAUGGGGGCGUUCCUGGACAAGCCCAAGACGGAGAAGCACAAUGCCCAUGGUGAGGGCAACAACCUCCGUUAUGGCCUGAGCAGCAUGCAGGGAUGGCGGGUGGAGAUGGAGGACGCCCACACCGCUACGGUGGGUCUACCCCAUGGCCUGGAUGACUGGUCCUUCUUCGCUGUCUACGAUGGCCACGCCGGCUCCCGCGUGGCUAACUAUGCCUCGAAACACCUGCUGGGGCACAUCAUCACCCACAGCAUGGGUUCCCCAGGCCCUGAAGGUGUCACCCCAGCCCCCACUGUGGAUGUGGUCAAGACGGGCAUCCGCACCGGUUUCCUGAACAUCGACGAGCACAUGAGGAACUUCUCAGACCUGCGUAACGGUAUGGACCGCAGCGGCUCGACAGCCGUGGCCGUACUGCUCUCGCCAGAGCACCUCUACUUCAUCAACUGUGGUGACUCACGGGCCGUGCUCUACCGCAAUGCGCACGUCUGCUUCUCCACGCUUGACCACAAGCCCUGCAACCCACGGGAGAAAGAGAGGAUCCAGAACGCAGGUGGCUCUGUAAUGAUCCAGAGGGUGAAUGGUUCCCUGGCCGUGUCCCGGGCCCUGGGAGACUACGACUACAAGUGUGUGGAUGGUAGGGGUGCCACGGAACAGCUUGUGUCCCCAGAGCCCGAGGUGUUUGAGAUUGAGAGGGCCCCAGAGGACGAGUUUGUGGUGCUGGCCUGCGACGGUAUCUGGGACGUGAUGAGCAACGAGGAGCUGUGCGAGUUUGUCAAGUCCCGUCUGGAGGUGUCCCACGACCUGGAGAAGGUCUGCAACCAGGUGCUGGACACCUGCCUGCACAAGGGAAGUCGGGAUAACAUGAGUGUUGUGUUGGUGUGUUUGCCAAACUGCCCUAAAGUGUCAGAGGAGGCGGUGAAGAAAGAUACAGAGCUGGAUAAGUUCCUGGAGUCUCGUGUGGAAGAGAUCUUAGAGAAGGCAGGAGAGGAGGGUAUUCCCGACCUGGUGACGGUCAUGAGGAACCUGUCCUCAGAGAGCAUCCCUAACCUGCCACCAGGGGGAGGCCUCGCCAGCAAACGCAGUGUUAUCGAAGUAGUGUACAACCGGCUGAACCCACACAGGGAAGUGGAUGGGACUGGAGCAGACCUUGAGGACCCCUGGUAACUGGCCAUCAGAACUGCCUGUUCCUACAACGGGACUCCUUUAUACACAAGACAUCUUUACUCACUUUAUUCCUUUUUAUUUUUCCUACGAUACCAAGAGAUCGAUUGGACCAUAAAUGACGAUUUAAAAAAAUCACACAAAAAAAUCAGUUAACACACAACACAAAGGAUUGCAAAACAUUUUUGAUUAAAAAAGGGUGUUCAAAAAGCACUCGCACAUCUGAGCUGUCUUUGCUGCAGGUGCAUGCUAACAAUUGAAUAACAUGAGAAAAAAGAAGAAACGCGCACACGUUAGAGCUUUGUUGAAGGCCUUGAGGCCGAUACGUGAAGCUUAAUAAAGAACAGCGAUACUAGCAAGAGCAGUGUGCAGGUUUCUUCUUUUUUCUCAUAUUAAAAAAGGGGGGAUAGAAAGACUGCGAUGGUAGUAUAAACGAUGUACACAAAAUAUAUAUACUAGACAAAUUAAGACAUGUUGUUUGUUUUCCUUUUUAUAGCUUUUUUGUGGUUUUUCUUUUUGUGCUGAUGAAGAGACACGAGGGCCAUAGUUGGGACAUUUUGUGGCCCAUCCCUGUGCAGUCUGGGGUGCCUUUUUCCCCAUCGCUGAGGAUGGAGGAGCUAGCAACCAGCUGUAAACUGACCAGGCCCCAAGUCCCUGCUUCCAGACACAAGGGGCCCUACAGAGGACCACCACUGGGUCAGGGACUCAAUGGCCUGUGGCUGCCUGGCUGGACAUUGCUACUGGGAUUUCAGAUAGACAAACCCAAAUGUGUGGACAGGAUAGGAGUGACUGGCUGCAUUCUAUGGCAUUACUUGUGUGGAAGGGUUUGGAGACUGACCGCUUUUUGCACCUUUUCUCUCCAACCAACAACAAAAAAACAACGGAGACCCAGCUAAUGUUUGCAUUGACAGACACUGCCUCAACUUCAACCAUUUCACUUCCAUAAGCUUUCUAGCCUGCUGUUGAUCAAGAAAAAUUUAAAAUAUAUAUAAAAUCCAUAUAUUUUUGAUUUAUGUAAAAAAAAAAAACACAAAAAAAAUGUGUCAUGUGGCCUACUGUGUGUGUGUAAAGAUGAGGAAGUUGCUGGUUUUUUGACUUUAGGAGUCAAACAGAGAUCUUGAUUGACACGUGAGGAGAUCUACGUGUGUGUGGGUGUGUACAAACCAGCCGCCCAAGGACUCUGUUUUUUGGGCUAAAGGGAUUCUAACUGUCCACCAAAGCCUCACUACUCGUUUCUCCUUGCACUUCUCUCUCUUUCUUAUUAGUUUAUCCUAUGUUCUGUCUUUCCUCACCCUCCUUAAAAUGCAGAAACGGACUCUUGCAACAACUUGCCUUUUUAUUAGAAUUUUCUCAGAUAAUACGUGUGUUCUUUUUUUCCGUUUAGCAAUUAAAAUUUCUAGGCAAUGAUGAUGUUCACCUUUAGUUUAUUUUUCAAAUGCCGUGUUAAUAGUGUAAUAUGGUUGUUCCAUUGCGUUCUCUAAAUUUCAAUAGAAAUUGCUUGUAUGAAAAAAUGAAACCGAUGAAAUGUGUUAAAAGGAGAAGUCAAGCGUGAUUUAGUGUGCCGGAGAGGGGUGAGGUGGCUCUCGGCCCAGGUUUCUGGCUUGGCUAUGAUCUGGUACACGAAGCCUUGGUGCCAUGUGACUUAGGUACUUGAAUGUUGGGUGUGGUUCUAUUUUUGCAAUAUUGAUUUUCAUGAGAUUAUUAAAAAAGUAAUUGUAGGGGGGGUUUAAUAAUUUUUUAGCUGUGCAUGUUUUGUGUUGGAGGAAUGCGUGGUGUGGGAUGGGGGUCAGACGGGUGGGGUGGGGGUGAUGGUCCUGGUUAAUGGGUAUGGUUAAGCUAUAGUAGACACUGGGUUAAGAGGGUGUGGGGCUGCUUUGAAUGGAAUUCACCUUCACACUACACUGCACAGGCUGAGCGGAGGCUACAGAUGCUUUCCUCCCCCUGGUUAUUUGAUGACAGAACUUACCCUGGCAUUUAGUUUUCAUUGUUUCAUUGGAAUAUAUAGGCUAUAGAGUCCCACGUGGGGUUAUAUUAAUACGAUCUUUAUUCUCACUCAUCUUUCUCCCUAACUGGAGCAAUUUGCUGGUCCCGCCCCCUAUUACUAACUGUAAUGAUUGAAAAAUGAGAAUGUUUGUGAUGUUUUGGGGGCUGGAAAUGAACUUGGUGAUUUAGUGCCCAUGUUAUUCAUCCUGAUUUUCCUUUUAUCUUUUUUUGUGUAUCUACAAGUAUUGAUAUAUAGAAUGGUGAUCAUUUCCACAUUUUAUUUAUUCCUGAUUUUAGCCUUUAACAUAAGGUGCUGUAUUUGAGAAUGGUAUACGGUUAUGAUGCGUGUGUAGGUGUGGCAGGGUUUGCCCCGCCCCCUCUGCAGGGUCACCUGAGUGAUGAGGGGGUCAGGGGUCGAUCGUGAGUUUUCACCAUACCUCCUGAUAGUUCCCAGUAUAACAUUGUGAUGUUUCAGACCAUACCGUGAGCAUAAUCUUCAAUAAAGGAUGGAUACAUUUAGAUGAAA